AUGCCACCUCGCCGUCGCCUCAAUCCCAUCUCGGCCGCCGCGCUGCCGGUGAGCCGCCUCCCGGUUGGCACUCCACAGGUCGCCACCUCUUCCUCACCACCAGACCAGUCACGCGGUCCCACCAAACCACCACAGCUGAAAGGCCAGCGCAGUGACUUGAGCUUGGAGAAGAACGUAUCCUCCGCUACUGACAAGGAAAGUAACAGCCCCACGCAUAGCUUCCUCUCCACCAUGCCACCCAACGCGCCUUCACAUGACGUCUCGGCAAAGUCUAUAGCAGAGGCUAAGCUGGAACGUCAGCGUGCAAAGUACGAAGAAGCAGAUGCUGCUCGACAAGGUCCUUUACCACUCGACAGACGUGCUCAAACUUCACGUGGCAAGAAUACCAGGUGGAAGCCAUUCGACUUCACCGCCGAUGGUGCGACGCCACGUCCCCAAGAUGAAGGCGGCGCACCGGUCGAAGUCCGCGUCAACACAUUCCGCCCGGCUUCUCGUGCUCCUUCACUCGCACGUUCCGCAUCCGUACUCUCCCAUCGCACCAGCGAUACUGGCCAUUCGGACAUAGAACGCCAAGACUCCAUGCUCACUGACAGCGGCUUCCAGGUGUAUCAGGGCCGCAAGGGCAGGAAGCAGGCAAGUCAGCUGGAUGCUUACGAGAGCAAACCUGAGCCACGUCAGACCACUGUGGAGGCUGAAUUUGACAAUCGCGACGUCCGCCAAGUCUUCGGCGGUGACCUGCCUGGUCCAUCUUUCAUCGAACAGCAUCCCGGCUACAAGAAUGGCCAGCUUCAGUUCCUCCAGCACCCAAACGGCGAUGUCUCAGCCCAUCAGUGGUCGACGGAUCGCUACCAGUGGGAGAAUAUCGGCCAAUACUCCAACAUCCGCAAGAAGCUUGAAGGUCAGCUUGCUUCAGAUAGGCUGAAGGGUGAGACGGCGUACCAGACCCUCCAGCGGAACACUCUGGCGUACUUCCGCAUCGUUGCUAAACAGCGCGAAGCAAACGUCGAAGGACUCGAGUUCGGGCCGAAGGAGAUCCAGGCUGCUAUUCCUGAGCCGCCCAGCGAGCAACCCGCGGCGUAUCCGACCACGUUGAGUGGAGCAAACCGAGAGGAUGGAGUCAAAGAGGCCACGCUGCAUCAAUCACAGCAUGCGUCACCCCAAAUCCAUUACACAACGCACCAUCACCCUGCGACUGAGAAUACUCCCCGACCAUCGCUUCCACCGCAGUUCGAGCAAUACGCCCAGUACCAAUCACGCAACAGCUUCAACGGCAUGAACCCGAACUUUUCCGUGUAUGGUUCGAAUCGAGAGAAUUCACUUUACCUGGCUCCGCGUUUGACUGGGCCUUACAAUCAGGUGUAUGGCCAACUCUGUCCGCAGCACUUGGAUCCGCGCUUCGGCCCGGUCUAUCGUCCGAACUACCCGUCGCGGUCGCUGGGGCUAAAUUACGACUUUCACUUCCCGCCGACCUCUUCAGCAGCUGCUCGUACGCCCUACGACGGUCAUUCAGUAGCUGGCUCUCCCUAUCAGCACAGGCUGGCCAACCAACGGGAAGAUCCACCCAAGCAGAUUUACAGAUUCGAAGGAAGCAACGCGCCAGAGCAAAACCAGCCUUCUCGCCAGACGGCCUGUCACAUCGGGCCGGAUGAAGCCGAAGCAUCCAGCACUGUCAGUCAGCCCCUCACCGAGCUCGCUGCACCGCAGCCUCAGCAUGCCGUUCCUUUCAAUCCUCGCAUAGCUGCACGGGAUCAGCUCUGGAAGCUUCCCGAGACGGCCAAAGAGCGCAGCCAGAGCCAAGCAAACAUCCGCACUGUCCUCUUCGACCCCUUCCAGAGCGAGUCGACUCCGGAGAAGCCCAAGCAGGCGACGAAGGAGGAUGACCAAGAAUCAACGACAGCAUUCAGCCGUAGGGUGGCUGGUAGGAAGUUGCAGCCUCCGCCAACGUUGACUCCAAGCUUGUCGCGAUUCUUUCCAACUGGUCUGGUGCCUCCGCUGCCAAAGUCAUCUUCACCAACCGGCAGCACCACGACGAACAUCCUCCAAAACAGCAGCCCCGACCCGCCGCCAAGCAAGCAAUCUUACACCCAAACCACGCCCCUGAUCACCCGCACCGCAGCCCCACAACCCACCCCACAAACCCUCCAAGCCCCAUUCUUCCCCUCCGAGCUCCCCACCAACCCCGCCAUCGCCUCCGACGACGACACCACCAAAACCCCCCGUGAAACCUACGACGCCCGCCUCCACGAAUGGUACACCAGCGGCACCACCUUCGUCCGCCACGAAGCCCUCUGCCAAACCAUGCAAUCAUCCUCCGCUUCCGACCCAAACGAUACCCGCCUCGACAUCACCCGCCUCCUCAUCCCCGUCCUCGAGAACCUGUCCGCUUACACCCAAGGCCUCGUCGAGAAACGGAAGGACUACUUCUGUCCCUGGAGCAAACCUGCCGAAUGGAUGGUCGAUCGGGGCGGGAAGGGGAACGAGAGUUUCUACGAUGCGCAGUGGGGCACGCCGCCGGCGAGGGUUGGUCGGGAUUCGCGGUACGCUGGGACGAGGGAGUGGAGUGGAGAGAGGUUGCGUUCUAGGAGAGGUAGGGGGAAUGGGACGGGGUGGCAGAGCGUGGCGGGUGCAGGGGGAGGGGGGUUGGUGGGUGGGAGGUUCGCUUUUGGGGGGCGGUAUUGA